UUUCACGACUCGUAGGACGUUGCGUACACAACACACUGGAUGUUUCUACCAAAUAUACUUGCUUUAUUCGCGAUUAAAUGUAUUCUUACUUCAUUUGACAGAGAAUGUAAAUUGUAAUUGUUGCAAUAAUUCAACAUUGCAGCCAUGUUGCUUCCGUCUGACAUAGCGCGGCUGGUUUUAGGAUACCUGCAACAAGAGGGACUGUGUUCUACAAGCCAGGCUUUAAUUCGCGAAAGCCCCAAUUUGAAGGAGUACGCAGAACACAGCUCAGAUGAUGGAACUAUUCCUGCUUGUGUGUUUUCCCUCUUUGGAAAAAACCUGACAACCAUUUUGAAUGAGUAUGUUGCUGUCAAAGCUAAAGAGACCAGUGAAGAGACUCAGAUACCCAUCAUGAUGACAUCAUUGUGGAAAAAGCUUGAUUUCACACUCAAUCAAAUAAAGUCUAUGCAGAACUCCCCAUCUGUUAGCCAGAAUCAAAGACUCCGCACACGUAAUGGGAUCGUGAAUAUGAGGGGGCGACAGAGAGCCUUGUCAUCAACGCAGUCCCCCAGCUCUGGGUUUCUGUCAUCGUCAGCCCCUCCGUCGGCCCAGGGCAUUGCCAGCCCCCUCGACACCCCUCAGAGCAUCCUGGGACACUCCACCCCAGUCUGCUACAGCUCCCAGCAGACCAGACCCUCCCCCAUCUGCAGCACACAGCCCCAGAUCCAAGAUGGAGGACGUCUGCUCGUCAAUGUGAACCGAGAGUCACCUUUGCAAAUAAUGGUUCCAGACAACCGGUUAACUCCAGGACCAUUAUCCCCAGGGCGUCGGAAAUGUGACUCCCCCAGGAGGAGAGGUGGGGGCUCCAGUGGAUCCGGUGGGACUGGAAGAGCCAACAUGGCAGCCAGUAGCCUGACAGCAGAGCCCCAGAGUGAAGAGGCAGUCACAGAGAAUUUCCCUCAAAUGGUGAUACAAAAUGCAAGAGAGAGGAUUCUAAAUGACAAGUCCUUACAAGAGAAGCUUGCUGAAAACAUAAACAAAAUCCUAGCAAGUGAUGGCAGUCCCCAGGCUUUAAAGGCAUCAUGCAGCACCAUGGAGCCUGACCAGUCCAUAGAUGAAAUUCUGGGCCUGCAGGGGGAGAUCCAUAUGUCUAAUGAUGUUAUACAAGACAUAUUGGAGCAAACCGAGUCCGACCCAGCCUUCCAGGCUCUCUUUGACCUCUUUGAUUACGGCAAAAGCAAAACCAGUGAGGAUACUGAACAAGGAGCUGGGAACGUGAGCAAUACCACCACAGAGAAUGGUGAGACUGAGACUAGGUGUAUUGAUGGCUCUCCUGAGACUGGAGACUCAGGCACUGGGCCUGAAGAUUCGACACGAGGACAAGAAACAACAACUAGAGCGACAAAGUCCAGUCAAGAGCCCAAGAGUAACAAAACAAGGAAAUCUGCACCUCCUGUUUCAAGCACUUCAAAUGCAAGUCCUGGAGUCAGUACCAGAGGGUCGAGAAAGGGAGUUAGCUCAACAACUCCUGGAGCCAGUACCAGAGGGUCGAGAAAGGGAGCUAGCUCAACAACUCCUGGACCCAGUACCAGAGGGUCGAGAAGGGGAGCUAGCUCAACUCGACCGUCAGCAUGUAUCGAUAAACUUACCGGCGCUGCUUCUUCUGCCGCCAAGGACUCUGAUAGGAUUGACUCCGGCUCCAUCUUUGAUCAGGAUAGAUCAGGCGUGGAUAUAGAUGAACCUCUGAAUACUCUUCCCCUUGACAGUAUAGCUCCCCCAGAUGUCUUUGAGCUGGUCAGACAGGAGAGUGGAACAAAUCAUCCGGCGUCAGCAUGCAACGCAGGUUCAUCUGAAACCAGUACGGUCACUGCUGUGAAAAACAUAUUGGGCAAUGAGAACACCGUGGGGGCUGAUGAUGGACAAGUGAUGGAUAACCAAGCUUCACUUCUUAACUCUUCACCUGCCCUGUCCAAUUCCAUGCCAGUGCUGGAUCAGUCAAACAAGGCUCCCAUACAGGCCUCUAACCUGCCUCAUAGGAAUAUGACCCCUCCCAGCACUGUAGGAAUUUCACAACCUCUACCACAGACCAUACCCUCUAUGGCUGUCCCAUCAACAGUUACAACAACAACCACUCCUGCUGCCCCAACCUUCAUCCCAAACCCCAACCCUACAGGCAAGGAAGUUGACCCCAGUAAGAUUGUAGCCCUGAAGAUCAUCAUCAGCGAUGAGCAGGAGGAGCCCUCCUGUGACUCAGCCCUGAACCAGGCUGUGUCCAGCAUCACUGGGGACAGGAUCCCCACAAUCUUCCUCUCCUCCCCUACCAAGUCACCUGCUAAGGCCCCGGCUCUCAGUUGCGCCCCCAUGGCUCAGGAGGAGACGGUGCAGGCGGUGACCAGCUUACAGAGGACAGAAGUCCUCCAACCAGCAGAGACUAAUCCUCUUAGUGGGAAAGCAGGGGAGGUGGCAGCAUUGGCAGGGACAUCAUCAGCGUUUACACAGCCAGGCUACUACUUUCAGCUGCCCUUUGAUUCAGCCACAUCCACCAACAGCUAUAUCUUAGUGACAGAUACAACAGCCACAGACCACCAGUCCAACAAGGUGAUGUUACCCAGUGGCGCCCCACAGGUACAGACUGUACCCCCCACCACAUAUGCUCUGGCCACUCCACCCUGCUAUUCCCCUGGAAAAACGGGAGCUUCUGGAUCGAAUAUGGUUACAAAGCAGGUCCAGGGGCAAUCCUCUGAAAGCACUGGGCAGCAGAGGGUAGCAGUUAGCUCGAGCCCCAGCCAUAGGAGGAUGCUUUGCUUUGAUGGGUCUGCUGGUAAAACUUCCACUCAGACCAGAACAACUGCCGCCUCCUCCAAAGCUCCAGCAACAGCUACUCCUGUAUCACCUUCUGUCCAACAGGUGGAGAAAGAGAUACCUAAAUCGGCCUUUGCUAUCUUGGGGAGCAGCAGGCCGAAAAGGAGAAUAGAGACUGUAAGAUGCACGGACAACACUCAAACAUCAUGGACCGGAACAGAGACCGAGAAAUCCUCCACUGUCCAAAAGCAGAAAGAAGCUGCGAAAAAGACCCCAUCAAAGAGGGACGCAGAACAAAAUGCUAGAGGUCAAAAUGCAAGUACCAGUAGAUUCCAGAGUGCUGGUAGCAGUCAGACUGAUGCCUCACAGUCAGAGUCCAGGAAGAUAUCUCAAUCAGCAGACAAGGACGAUGGUGGAACAGAACCUAAGGAUGCCCAGAGCUCCAUGUCUUCUUCCUCUGAUCACAGACUGAGAUCAGGGAGCAGGAAAGAGAAGGAGGACACAAGUAGACAAGAGCCUACUGAGAAAUAUCCUGCCAAGGAAUGGGAGGGACGGACCGAGAAAAUAUCUUCUCAGGACCCCCCUCAUGUCACUGCCAAUAAGGAGAAUGAGCUGGAGGGUGGCAGGCUAGAGCAGCAGCCCAUACCAGCACCAAAAGAGUUCAGCCCGGCCCCAGUGGGCUCACAAACCCCUGUCCCCCAGGCUAGCUCCAGCAAAACCCCCUCCAAGACCAGCCCACUGACCAAGCAGGCUGCCGAAAUGCUCCACGACAUCCAGGGUCUAAACCCUCCCUGCACCCCUCCUAAGAGGCCAGGCAUGGGCUGUCCGGAGCUGCCUCUUCCUCGGACCCCUGGCCGUCUCCAGGAGUCUCUAGACUGCCCCAGGACCCCUGCACGCCAGAGGCUGGGCAGAGACGGAGAGGGCACCCCCAGGCACCUGGUCCCUCCCGCCACCCCGGACCUUCCCUCCUGCAGCCCAGCCAGCGAGGCAGGGAGUGAAAACAGCAUCAACAUGGCGGCCCACACACUGAUGAUCCUAUCCCGAGCCGCCAUCGCCAGGACGGGCACCCCACUGAAAGACAGCCUGCGCCAGGAGGGGGCUGGAACAGUGACCCCUGUAGCCACCAAGAGCAAGAAGCGCAAGCAGCCCGAGCCCUUGGCUAGCCCGCCAGCAAAGAAAGAUCUCUCAGGUUCAUCUUGCAGUAAGAAGAAAGCAAAGAAACAGCAGAAACUAAUGGAUUCCUUCCCUGAUGACUUGGAUGUGGAUAAGUUCCUAUCUUCACUGCAUUAUGAUGAGUGAUGGGUUGAGUUAUAGCAGUUGGACAGUGAGAUGGGAAUCUCCCAAACACUACCUACCUGCCCUCCAGCAAGAGAACAAGCCAUCAUUUAGUGUCACAGUGCCUAUGGUUAACCCAUCAUGCCUUUUAGGAGUUAGGCACCUGUGGUCUAUUGGAGCAUGUCCUCAGAUCUUAUUUUGUCUUUGUAUGGUCUAUGCUUGUAGGGCUUGUCCUACACCCUUGUACUUAACAACUAAUUAUACAUGUGAUGUAUGUACUGUAUAGAAAUUAUUGCAGAAAUGCUAGAUAGAGAGCACUUUGGUUCCAUGCAAUGACUAAUGUUAAGAAUGGUUUCCCAAUCUUGUUGUAUUUAUAAUUUCAAGAAUACAACCCUUUCCUUGGUCAA